CCAAAUUGUCACUCUGUAAAAAUGGAGAGCACCGAUUCCUCCUCGGCAGCGGUGGCGGCGGCGGCGGCGGCGGCCACCUCGCAGCACCCACAACUCCCACCGGGGUUUCGCUUCCACCCCACUGACGAAGAGCUUGUCAUCCACUACCUCAAGCGAAAGGUGGCUUCCGCUCCCCUCCCUGUCACCAUAAUCACCGAAGUCGACCUUUACAAAUUCGAUCCAUGGGAGCUCCCCAGUAAGGCGACGUUUGGGGAGCAAGAGUGGUACUUCUUCAGUCCGAGGGACAGGAAGUAUCCGAACGGAGCGAGGCCGAACAGAGCCGCGACUUCAGGAUAUUGGAAAGCCACCGGAACAGAUAAGCCGAUAUUAACUGCAAACGGAAAUCAAAAGGUUGGUGUUAAGAAGGCUCUUGUUUUCUAUGGUGGAAAGCCUCCUAAAGGAAUCAAAACUAGCUGGAUUAUGCAUGAAUAUCGUCUAACCGACAGUUCUUCUCCGUCAAAGCCGCCGCCGGUUGCUGAAGGAAACAAGAAAGGUUCCUUAAGGCUUGAUGAUUGGGUUUUAUGCCGGAUUUACAAGAAAAGCAAUCCACAGAGAUCGGUGGAAAGGGAGAUGGAAGGGAUGCUCGCAACCGGACUAGUUCCGGUGACUUUUACCAAUCAGAAUCUAAAACCUCCGGUACCGAAAUCUUCACCUUAUGGUUCUUCAUUACUGGAAAACGAUGAGAACUUCUUCGAAGGGAUUCUUACAGACAGUUCCAUUUCUCAAAAGCCCAAUAUAUCCCCGAUCUCCACCGCCGCCAUCCUUUCCGUGAAACGCGCGCUGCCGCCGCCACAGUGCUGGAAUGAACCUGGCUCAAUCGGGUCACUGCUGCCGGAAAAGCGUUUCCACGGUGAUCUCAAUAGUAGCAGCACCGCUACUGCUGAUGAUAGCAACUCCUUCAUUACUCUACUCAAUCAGAUUCCCCAUACCGCAACGUUUCACCCCAAUACCCUGCUCGGAUCCCUCGGCGACGGCGGGAUUUUACGGCAGCAGUUUCAUCUUCCUGGCAUGAACUGGAACACGUAGUUUGAGGUUUUUGAGGUGACGGAAAAUAUUUGUGUAGCUAUAUAUUAAAGUCUUAACCAUCUUCAUGUGAGUAUAUGUUUAAGCAGAGAUAAACAAACAAGUUAUCAACACUAAAUAGUUUUUGACUUC